AUGGACGUCCAGUACAUGGCGCAGUUUUUUUUGCCUGAUGAGAACUUGCUAGCGUGUAUUGACAGAUCACUCUCUAUCUUUCAUGAAAAUAAAGACAUUAUCCUCUCCCUAGGCGCUUGGAUGGACAUGAAGAAGCCUAUUGACAACUGGUUCAUACCCAAGCUUGAACUUAUGCAGAGCAUUACUGCCAGCUCACGCAAAGUUGACACCACUGGGCAUGCCCACAUAUCUGAAACCAAGGACCCUGCAUGGCACACCAAUAACAACGAUUAUGAUCCUCAAAUCUGUCAUCAUUUAGAUCAGCAGGAGAAGCUGCAACAUUUUGCGAUUGCUACAGCACUGAAGAGUUCUUGCGCUCAUUCCAACUUGGAAAAACUCCUUGAGGAUGAGGUGGACAAAGAAGACAAUGAAGAUUGUGAUAAACUGAUAGAUCUGCAAACUGCGCUCUUGAAAGAGCUAAAUCAAAUGCGCAUCACUACCAACUACUUUAGCAAAGCAAGGCAAUUGGUUGCCAUGAGGCGUGAUAAUAUUCCUCACCCUCCCCAAACAUUCAUUGCUGCCUCCACCGCUAUCCAUCUUAAUUUUUUCCCUACUUGUACUGGGCUGAAAAUUGAUGAGGGUUGCUGA